UUACUACCCGCCUCCCAGGAGCCCAACCAGGUACAAGAUCUUCUUCGCUGAAAGUUUCCUGACCCAUCGCGGCGUGUUGGCUCGGGACUACUGGGAGCGCCCCAGGGCCGAUCUCCGGGACGAGGGCACUGCCCAGGGUGACGACGCGAGAGCAUGGCCUUGCACCUGGGCAGGCUGAGCGCAGGCCCCUGCUGGCGCGUGGCGCGUGGCGGCUGCGGAGAGCUGCGCGAAUGGUCCCGACGCUGCCCGGCCCGACGCUUCUGCCGGCCCCCUGGCGUGGCCAGCGCGGAGCAGACCCGCGGGCUGGGGCGGGGCGCGAUGGCCAGAGGCGGCUCUCGGCUGGGGACCGGGCUGGCCAUGGCGCUGGCGGGGCUGGCGGGACUAGGCGCCGCCGCCUUUGUGCACUCAGAGCGGGCGGAGAUGGUGCCCAAGAUCUCGGGGGCGCAGGGCCCCUCGCCGGGGAGGCCGGAGGAGGAGGACGAGCUGGCCCGCCGUUGCAGCGGCUUCAUGGCCUCGCCUGUGACCGACCUGCGCGAGCUGCAGAGGAGGCCAGGUGACACGAAGACCAAGAUGGAGCUACUGAUCCUGGAGACCCAGGCCCAGGUGUGCCGGGCGCUGGCACAGGUUGAUGGCGGCGCCAGCUUCUCUGUGGACCGGUGGGAGAGGAAGGAAGGAGGUGGUGGCAUCAGCUGUGUACUUCAAGAUGGGCGUGUUUUUGAAAAGGCCGGGGUGAGCAUUUCUGUUGUUCACGGAAAUCUUUCUGAGGAAGCAGCAAAGCAAAUGAGAAGCAGAGGAAAAAUGCUGAAGACUAAAGAUGGUAAAUUGCCAUUUACUGCUAUGGGUGUGAGCUCUGUUAUCCACCCCAAGAAUCCUCAUGCUCCUACUAUGCAUUUCAAUUACAGAUACUUUGAAGUAGAAGGAGCUGAUGGUACUAGGCAGUGGUGGUUUGGUGGUGGAUGCGACCUUACUCCAACAUACCUGAACCAAGAGGAUGCUGUCCAUUUUCAUAGAACUCUAAAGGAGGCUUGUGACCGGCACAGCCUGGAUCUCUACCCUAAAUUUAAAAAAUGGUGUGAUGAUUACUUUUUUAUAGCCCAUCGCGGGGAGCGCAGGGGCAUCGGGGGUAUCUUUUUCGAUGACCUUGACUCUCCAUCCAAGGAGGAGGUGUUUCACUUUGUGCAGAGCUGUGCCCAGGCUGUCAUUCCUUCUUAUAUUCCCCUUGUGAAAAAGCACUGUGACGACUCAUUCACCCCUCAGGAGAAGUUGUGGCAGCAGCUCCGGAGAGGACGGUAUGUUGAAUUUAACCUGCUGUAUGAUCGGGGUACAAAAUUUGGCCUCUUCACGCCAGGAUCCAGGAUCGAAAGCAUCUUGAUGUCUUUACCUCUAACUGCCCGCUGGGAGUACAUGCAUUCACCGUCAGAAAACUCCAAAGAAGCUGAAAUUCUGGAAGUUCUACGCCAUCCAAGGGACUGGGUGCACUGAUGCAGGCAAAGCAGCCUCCCUGGGGAUAGGGGACACAGAAGGCCUGCCCCCACUCCGCUGGCCAGCACCGUUGCCACUGUGUAUCAGUUAGUUACCUGCAUCUUGAGCCCCAGCCCUCACUCUGGAGUCUGCCUCCUUGGUGGGUGGAGAGAUGUGUUUUAAGCACCACAGGUUUCCAUUGGAUGUUGUCGGGGGUGAGUGGGUGAGAUGGCAACUUGUCAGAGUCCAUUCGUGGGUAUAAUUCUCAAUUACGCUUUUCGAACCACUUUAUAUGACUAGUUUAGAAAAUAUAACAUUGGGUUUCCUGUACUGAGUUAAGGGAAUUUAAAUAUUUUGUAUCAGGGAACUUCCCAUGUUAUUUUCAUUUCAUAUUUUUUUUUAAAGUUUUAGUUUCUAUGAAAAUCUGUCUUGGGAUAAAUUUAUUUUCAUUUAUUCAAUAAGGUUGAGUUUCUUAGUAAUUUUAGAAAGCAACUUCAAGGUUAAAGUUUUACUUUGUGAUUACCAAAGUUUCUUUAAUCGUAAUGUUUAUAUUUAUGUAUCUUGCUGUAGAAAUCAUAAUAUUGUAUAAUACUCACUUUUUUAUAACAAUAGAUAUUUGAGAACACUUGAAAUUUUCUUAAUCUCUGCAUGCAUUACAAUUUAGUGAUUACCUGUAGUUGUUAAGUCUACAUCACUGUUAUUUAAUAAGGAACUUCCAAUUUGUAACUUUGAUUUUUGUAGAACUAUAAUUUGUUAAUGUUGGAAUUCUCUGCACUUUUGAAUGUGAAAGCUUAUAACAUAAAUUCUGGUAUUUAAAAUGUUCUAUUGCAGACAGUUCUAUAUGGAAAUCUGAACAACCCUAGGGAUGUUAUAAAUAUAGGUAGGAAAUGUUAUGAGUGUGAGAAGCAUGUAGGCAUUUUAUAAAUGUAUUUUUCUUUUAAAAUAAAAUCAAAACAAAAUUCUUAAUAUGGCUUCUUUGUUUAUAUCAUAUUAUGAACAUGUUUGGGUUUUUUUUAAUCCAUAAUAUGUUAAAGUUUGUAAGGAAUAGUAUCUUCCUACCUAGUAUUAAGCAUUAUCUUGGAACA